GUGUGUCGCGACCAGGGAAGCGUCCGAAGCGGGGAGAAAGUAGUCGGGAGGCGGCCGCAGAGGCGGGUCCCCCACCCGGUCCCCCACCUGAUGGCGUUUAGUUUUAGGAGAGGGCGGAGGGACCCCUUCAAACAUAUAGCUCAUGGCCUGGUCCCUGCCGCUACCAUAGCUCCUAAACCUGCAGUUCCCCGCACCCCUCCCCCUCGUAGUCCAAACCCUUCUCCAGAAAGGCCCAGAUCUGCUCUAGCAGCAGCUAUACUUGCAACAACACUAACAGGGCGCACUGUUGCUAUUCCUCAGCCUCGGCAGCGAUCACUUUCUGAAAGUGAUUCCACCUAUGUGGAACAAUUGGAACCAUAUGCGACAGUCACAGACCUCAGAAUGGGAAGGGUAAGCAACAGUGAAACAGACUGUAAACUACUCUCAACUUGCAGGCCCAACUGGAAACUUGACGAUAGUGACAGAUCUCCUGUACAGUCCCUGGAAAUAGCAGGCAAUUAUGGUGAGGAUGAGGACAUGGAUACCUACCUUUCAGAUGCUGAUAAAGAGGCAGAGUCCAGCUGUCAGAGUAAUGAGAAAAGGGGACAGAGCUUUCGCACUGAUGCUAUUUAUGCUGUUCCCUGCAAAAAUCAGAAGGAAGAAUUUCCACCAUCUCUUAAUACUAAUGCUGACAAGAAAGAGGUGCCUUCUCAUGAAACUGAGUUGCAGGUGCUGGUGGAUGAGUCAAACAAGCAAACAGAAGCAGAAGACCAACAUCUUGGUGUGAAUUUAAAGGAAGAAAAAUCACUAGCUGAAAAUCUGAUACGUGAAAAGCCUCCACCAUCCCCAGAUGUGUCUAUUCGGACAAGGCAAGCAUGGGAAAAUAUGACUAAUGAAAAGUUCAGAGAACUAAAACAAGAAAACUGGACUCUGAACAAGGCAUACCAGGCUAUGGUCCAGCAAUUUGAGGGAACAAAACAGCAAAUAGAAGAACAGCAGUUAAAGCUGAAGAGACUACAACAGGAAAAUAGAAGACUAAAAGAAGCUGCAGAGAGGUCACAUAGAGAAGAGGAGGCUACAGAAUUACUUUCUCUCAGAAAACAAGCACAAGAACUUGUAGAUGAAAAUGAUGCUUUGAAAAUGACGGUUCAUCGUUUAAAUGUAGAAUUAAGUCGCUAUCAAACUAAAUUCAGACCAUUGUCCCGAGAUGAGCAUCUAAAACUGAAAAGUUUACCCAUGAAAGGACCACCACCACCAUGGCUGUUGGAUAUGAAGUAUUUGUCACCUCUUCUGUUGGCAUUUGAAGAUAGAAUAAGAGAAAAGGAAGAUUUAAAUCUUGAACAUGAGGAGGAGAUGAAGAAUUUUAAAGUACGAGUUGAAGAGUUGGUAAAGGAGAAUGAAGACCUGCAUGAACAAUUAAAUAAAAAUAACUUUAUUACUCCUACAGAAUGGCAGCAGCUGCAAACUCAGGCCAAGCUGGUCUUGGAAGAAAACAGAUUAUUGAUGGAGCAACUCGAAAUUCAACAAGCUAAAGCAAAAGAUAGUCACAGACAACAUGUUCAAGAAGCUUCAAAAUUGACCAAACAGGUAAUAAUGUUGGAAGAUAAGAAACAGACUCAAGAAGAAGAAAUAGCAGAGUACCAGAAGCAGUUGGAAGCCUUGCGUUCUACUUGUGAAGAGCUGAAAGCUAAACUGGAUAGCAGAAUAGCAGCAGAGGAGCACUUUGCUUUGGUGAAUGAUUUAAAAAGCCAUUUACAACAGGAGCAGGAGAAAAAACGCUGUGAGGUGGAGGAUCUAAUGGGAAAGAUAACAUCACUGCAAGCUCAGAACAAGAAACUGCUUUUAGAGAAAAAUAACUUCAUGGCUGACAACAAGAUCCUGGAAACGGAGAUGGAAAUGACACAAAAGACAAACAGACGAUUAAAGAAGAAAAUAGGUCUCUUGAAACUGCAGUUGGAGGAAGCAAUGGAAAAAGAAAUUGCAGCCCAUCACUAUCUAACUAACCUUAUUGGUUUGGUGGAGAAGAUAGCUCAGGAACGUGAUCAUCUUAUUUUUUUGGCCAGAUGUUUGGAAAAUGAGAAUCAUGGUGUUCUCAAGAAAAUAGUAGAAGGCAGUCUACGCUUAGGAAGAUUGGAAGAAAAAGUUAAGGUAUAUAAAAAGAAAGCAGCUGGGAAGCUUGGAGAUAUCAGUCUCAGGAUGACUGAGCAGGAGAAGGAAUUUGCCGGGAAGGCUGCUCAGUACCAGCAGGAGAUGAAGCACCUCCAGCGUCUGCUGCAAGACAAACAGGAAACCCUCGAUGAAGUGCUGCAGCAGAAGAGGAAGGUGGAAGGGGAACUUGAAAUCAUUUGGGAAUCCACAUCCAAAGAAAACAGGAGAAUGAGAGAACUCUUACAUAAAUCCCUGGGGAGGAACGACAGGUGGAGUACUGGCACAGUUCAUGAGCCACCCUUAGAUGAAGGCCCUCAGAAGGACCUAGUUUACAGACAUGAUUUUAGCUAUUGUGAUGUGAAACCUUCGUCCCCUACUAAAAAUGAAAUUCAACAAGAUUCUCAGCAGUAAGAAUAAAGAUGUGUUAUGCAUCUCAUCCAAGAAAAGUGAACUCAGUGCCUGAACUUGACUUUUUCAACAAUACAAGAUGUAAUGGAACAUUUACCCUCUUCAAAAUUACUGUGUUUUUAAUAUCAUCAGGAUGACAACAGCAUCUUCUCCAGCUGUACUGUAAUAGUGUAAAUCUAGCCUAAGAUAUUACUUUGUGUUUUUUUAAGAAAAGACUAUUACUUGUCCUACCAUCAGUGGGAUUUUAGUAUGUACUUCAAUUACUUUCCUUUUCUCGGAACAAAAUGAGUGCAGCAACCUUGCCAGCUCAUCAAGAUAAAACUUCAACACGCUCCGUUAAGACUCUGGCUAACAAAACUAGCACUACUAUCUUGUGGUCUCCUGGGUAGUUAACAAGAGAUACAUCUUCAAAUUCUUUCCUUUUCCUGGCUUUUUCAACUUGACUAUUUUAGGACUCAGUGACUCACAAGAACAAUCAAAACAUCGCACAGUCUUAAAUAACUUAAUACAUGAAUUUGUUGGGGUUUUGGGGAGAGGUCUGUUGCUAAACCAGUCAUGUCUCCUGCCUUCCUUGAAACUGAAAAAACUAAAUUUGAAACAGAAGAUCUGAAAUGCCUAUUCAGACAAGUCAUACAUUGUCAAUACAUACAGACAUACCCACUCCCCUCGUUUCCAUACAAUCUCCAAUCUGCAUGUGUGCUUACAAUGGUCCUGAAAGAACACCAAACGAACACGGCUAUACCCACAUUGUUCUCCAUGUUUUUGAAGGCAGGUUUUGAAAAUGAAGUCCUUCAUGUUGUUUUUUCCCAGAUAAGCAUCUUGAGUAUGCAAAUACAACCUUGGAACUGCAUACGUAAAUGAUUUACAUAUUAUUCUCAUCCAUUUUUAAUUGCUCUUUUGAAUAUGUCUCAAGAUUUUGUAAAAAUAAACAACUGCACAGGGAAAAAGCUAUCUUAUCAGUAAUUUCUUUUUCAAAACUCUUUCAGUAUUGGCCUAACUCUUCCUCCACUGAAGUAAACGGGGAAUGUCUUAGAAUUACCCUUCUGCCACAUCUGAUUCCCAUUUUCACAGCUCUCAUUUUAAGAGUAGGUUUUAAUAUAUGGUUCAAAGGACAGCACCAUGACAGUGACACUAACAUUACGUUCAGAAA